AUGGAACUAAAGGUUGGUGAUGAUGGUGAGACAGACAGAAAACAAUAUGGGAGUGACUUGUUUUGGUGGUUAACAGUUUCCAUCGUAGCGAUCCUUGUAGUAGGUGCCGGUGUUUUUACUAUACUAAUUAACUUUCAUCAUCAUCGCUCUCAAUCUCAUUCAUCUCAACCCUACGACAUCGUUCCAAAAUAUGCCUCUUCUCUUCAAUUAGCCCUCCAAUUUUUCGACGUCCAAAAAUCUGGUAAGGUACAGAAUAAUAGGGUUUGGUGGAGAGGGGAUUCGGGGCUUAGAGAUGGGAGUGAAGAGAAUUUGGAUUUGUCGAAAGGAUUGUAUGAUGCUGGUGAUCUUAUGAAAUUUGGGUUUCCAAUGGCUUUCACUGCUACUGUCUUGUCUUGGGCUAUUCUUGAAUAUGGAAAUAACAUGGAUGCAGUGAAGCAGCUAGACUAUGCACUAGAAUCACUCAAGUGGAUCACUGAUUAUCUUGUUAACGCACAUCCUUUCGCUGAUGUCCUUUACAUUCAGGUAGGGGAUCCUGAGGUGGACCACAAUUGCUGGGAAAGGCCUGAAAACAUGACUGAGAAAAGGCCACUCACUCAAGUUAACUCAUCUUUUCCAGGAACAGAAGUUGCAGCAGAAACAGCAGCUGCACUUGCCGCAGCAUCUUUGGUUUUUAAGGAGAUUAAUCUCACUUAUUCUGAGAUUCUUCGUGAACAUGCUCAGCAACUGUUUAUGUUCGCUGAUACAUACAGAGUUUCCUACAGUGUCAGUAUCCCUCAAGUUGGAAAAUACUAUAACUCAUCUGGUUAUGGAGAUGAACUUUUAUGGGCUAGUAGUUGGCUCUAUCAUGCAACAAAGGAUCCCUCAUACCUUACUUAUGUGACAGAGACGAAUGAAAAUGAGUUUGGUAGUAUAGGAAGUGUAUCAUGGUUUAGUUGGGAUGAUAAACAUGCUGCAACUCAGGUAUGAAGUAUGAUGCAGUGUAUUUAUUUUUAACACAUCAUUUGGUAUUUAUUUUACUCUUGAGUAUAGACUCAGUUACACUUUUACCCUACUUUGGUGAUAAUUUGAUGAGAUUGAAGAAUAUUGUAAGAAGUCAAGUAAGGAUUUAUAGAAAAGGAAAUUUGAGUUUUUCAGAUUUUGGGUGAAUUACAA